UAUACAGUCGUAGUACCGUACACAUCAGCUGUUGAAAUCGAGAAACUCAUGAAAAUGGUGGCGGCGGAUCGCGUCGAAAUAUCUAUUGAAAAUAUUUAGUGAUUGUCAGAGGAAAAUGAAAGAAGGGUGGCCACAGAAGUAGUUCAAGUGACUGACAUUGUAGUCUGCCGAGAUUUUUGAGAAUUCGAAACUCUGUUUCUUUAUUUUAAAGAUGAGAUCUUCAUCUGUAUAAAUAUGGGAUGUAGUGCGUCAUUAGAAGAUAGUGGUUACAUUAAUAACAGAGGUCCAACGCACACCAUCCACCCGCCACCAACAAAGAACCACACCUAUGGUAAUUUCUACAAUGGAUACCACAGUCCAGCAUCGCCGCCAUCGUACGAUUACUCCCUGCAUUCCCGGCAGCAAGAACCAACAAAUCAAUUGACAUGGUAUCCGAACCAACCACCAGGUAUCGCAAGUUACCACCAUGGUGUGGCAACUAUAAAUCCGCCUUUAGCUCCGCCCCAAAUUAAGACCAGCCAACAAGCCGGAGCUAAGUCCAAGAGGAUAUCCAAAACAAAAGGACCACAAGCAUCCCAGGAGACCGUUUCCAAGACGCCAGGCCGGACGAUACACCCAUCUCGUGAAACAAGCUCACCCAAAGAUCACUCGAACUCACGGUCGGUCAUCAAAGAUGAGGCAGAGGUUUGGAGGAGUGGGAUGAAAUUGGAGGAACCGGAACCCGAAGAGGAACUUGAAGAACCGCAUCCGGAUCACGAACUCAUAUUAGGAGUAACAGAGGAUUAUGUCGCAUUUAAGAAGCGUCUAGAGGGCACGCUGGACGGCACUCUGUACGAAGACCCUGACUUUCCUGCCGAUAACUCAUCACUCUUCCUGGACGCCGAGAAAAACCAAAACAUUGUCUGGAAGAGACCAUCUGAAAUCUGUAAUGAGCCACGAAUGUUUGUGGAUGGCACUAGUCGCGAGGACGUCAUACAAGGUACUCUAUCGGAUUGUUGGUUCCUAGCGGCGUGUGCUGGUAUCGCUCAACAUAAAGACCUAGUCAGAAAGAUUAUUCCAGAGAAUCAGUCCUUGGUCCCGCCGGGCUACGUCGGAGCCAUUCACUUCAAGUUCUGGCGUUUCGGACGCUGGGUGGACGUGGUCAUCGAUGACCGACUGCCCACAAAGAACAACAGACUGGUGUUUGCUUCGUCAAGUGAAAAAAACGAGUUCUGGCCAGCACUGAUGGAGAAGGCAUAUGCAAAACUGAAUGGUACCUAUCAGGGCUUGAGUGGUGGUAUGGCGGCGGACGCUUUCGUUGACCUGACAGGUGGAUUGUCAGAAGUCUUCUUGUUUACUCAGGAGAGUGUCUCGGCAGAUUUCUAUGCGCUGUUGUACAAAGGAGCCAUGACGCGUGCCUUCAUGGCUUGCUCUAAGAAGAAUCCCAACUUUCAGAACGUGACCGCAGAUGACAGCGGCAUAGUGCCCGGCCAUUCCUACACCAUCACUGACGCGCAGGUUGUCUUCCUAAACACAAAUAAAAAGAAGAAGAAGAACAAAAAGAAAUCCGAGGCGAUCACAAAACUGCUGAGGGUUAGAAACCCAUGGGGCAACAGCACGGAAUGGACGGGUGACUGGAGUGACAAUUCAUCAAAGUGGAAGAAACUAGAAGCAGAAGAAAGAGAAAGAAUGAAUCCCAAACGUCAGGAUGAUGGAGAGUUUUGGAUGAGCUUUGAAGAUUUCUGUAAGAAGUUCAACUCUGUCAUCAUGUGCACGCUGGGACCUGACUUUGACGGUGACGGCAAAGCAGAUAUUAACGAAUCAGGUGGAGGUUUUCAUAUGCUUGACAUGCGAGGGCAUUGGAUUAAGAACGUCAGCGCUGGAGGCUGCGCCAACUUCGACACGUUCUACUCUAACCCUCAAUUCAGCUUUACACUCUUACAACCAGAUGACAUUCACUCAGCCGACUCGGACGAGAAGCGAGGCAAGUGUUCCAUAAUCAUCGCAGUGAUCCAGGAGUAUCGUCGAUCCAAGAAGAAUCUAGCUCCUAAGAAACAACAGAUAGGAUUCAGAAUCUAUGAGACGGAUGAUCCCGAUCAUCCUCAGAGUCAGCAAGAACUCCAGCAUCUAUCGGAAGUCGGCCGAUCUGGUUCUUUUAUCAACUACCGUCAAGUCUACCGACGAUUCACGCUCGCCCCGGGCAGUUACAUCAUUCUGCCAUCCACGUUCAAUCCAAACAUUUCAGGAUCCUUCAUGGUGCGUGUGUUCACAGAGAAGCGAGCCGUGUGCAAGACGCUUGGGUCAUUUGUUGAGACUUGAUAGUCAGUGGCGUAACUAUGUGGCACGGAGGGUACACCCCCCCCUAACAGAUGUCCGCCC